AGUCGAACUCACGACGGACGCCGCUUAAAAUAUUUUGUUGUAGCGUUUUUUUAUAUUAAUUAAGGAAAUACUGUUUACAUUUAUGUGUUGUGCGUGUCCUAGACUAAUGCUCUUGAGCUAGCAACUUGUGUGUUGACAGUGUAAUCGACCAAAGGAAUAAAAAUAAUAGUAAUGCGAAAGACCCGCUCGCAAACUCGCACGCAGGCGGAAAAUGCCGCAACAUCCCCAGCGGCCGGACACCAAUCAACGUCGACUGCGCCAACAACAGUAAACCCCUUUGAUGCGGGCAAAUACAAGGAAUGUGAGCAAAUGGUGCAGAUGCUCCGUGUCGUAGAGCUGCAAAAAGUCUUGUCGUUCCUUAACAUUUCCUUCGCUGGACGAAAAUCCGAUCUGCAAAGCCGCAUUUUGUCAUUUCUGCGCACCAAUUUGGAGCUCUUGGCCCCAAAGAUACAAGAAGUUUACGCUCAAUCCGUGCAAGAACAAAGCGCCACGCUGCAAUACAUAGAUAGCGCGAGAAUGUACUCGCACCUGCAGAUGCCACCUUCGGUUCAGCCGAAUUCUGUAGGUCUGGUGGGCGGCGGAUCAGGCCAGGUGCCGGGUGCGCAGAUGUCCGCACAGAUGGCCUCGCAGAUGCCAACCAAUGUUCUGCCCUUUCUGCACACGCACGGCAACCAGCUACCCAUACAUCCGGAUGUGAGACUGAAAAAGCUUGCCUUCUACGAUGUGCUCGGCACACUGAUUAAGCCGUCGACGCUGGUGCCCCGCAGCACACAGCGCGUCCAAGAGGUGCCUUUCUACUUCACAUUAACGCCCCAGCAGGCCACCGAAAUCGCAUCGAAUCGCGACAUUCGCAACAGUUCAAAGGUGGAGCACGCCAUUCAAGUGCAGCUUCGCUUCUGCCUGGUGGAGACUUCAUGCGACCAAGAGGACUGCUUCCCUCCCAAUGUGAAUGUCAAAGUGAACAACAAAUUGUGUCAGCUACCUAAUGUCAUUCCAACAAAUCGACCAAAUGUGGAGCCAAAACGACCGCCACGGCCCGUGAACGUUACCUCCAACGUGAAGCUGUCCCCAACCGUUACCAACACCAUUAUGGUUCAGUGGUGUCCCGACUACACGCGCAGCUACUGCCUGGCAGUGUAUCUGGUGAAGAAGCUGACAUCCGCACAGCUGUUGGUGCGGAUGAAGAGUAAGGGUGUGAAGCCGGCUGAUUAUACACGAGGCCUGAUCAAGGAAAAGUUAACAGAGGAUGCCGACUGUGAAAUAGCCACUACAAUGCUGAAGGUAUCGCUCAACUGCCCGCUGGGAAAGAUGAAGAUGCUGCUGCCAUGCCGAGCUUCAACGUGUUCGCACUUGCAGUGCUUCGACGCCAAUCUCUACCUGCAAAUGAAUGAGCGCAAGCCCACCUGGAAUUGCCCGGUGUGCGACAAGCCGGCCAUAUAUGACAACCUGGUUAUCGAUGGCUAUUUCCAGGAGGUCCUGGACUCGACCCUGCUAAAGAGCGAUGACACUGAAAUACAGCUGCAUCAAGAUGGCUCAUGGAGUACCCCGGGGCUGCGCAGCGAAGCUCAAAUCUUGGAUACACCCUCCAAACCCGUUCAAAAGGUUGAGGUCAUAUCGGACGACAUAGAGCUAAUCGCGGACGAGACCAAGCCAGUGAAGAGUGAUUUGUCUCCGGCACCAGACGACCAGCCAACGUCAACGUCAAACAGUGAAACUGUCGAUCUGACGUUAAGCGAUUCCGACGACGAUAUGCCUCUGGCCAAGCGUCGUCCUCCUGCAAAGCAAGCCGCCACUAGUUCCACUUCCAAUGGUAAUGGUGGUGGCGGUCAACGUGCCUACACGCCAGCCCAGCAGGCCCAACAAUCUGAAUCCCCAGACCAGCAAAUAAUGGCACAUCAAUCGUCUGAGUCGCAGCAAGUGUUAGAACUAGAACAGCAACUGCAGCUGCAAUUGCAGCAUCAACAGAACGAGCAGCCAGCAUCAGCAGUGCAUGCCACUCUACUGGAAUCCCUGGCUGCUGCGGUGGCGGAUCAAAAGCACUUUCAACUGUUGGAUCUUGCUGCAGUUGCUGCUGCUGCUGCUGCCACAGCGUCAGCAUCGUCCGGGCAAAGUCAAAAUGGUGGUCCAUAGAAACACACAAAAACACGUGCACUUGUCACAUCCACAUACAUACACACACACUCAUUCGAAUUAUUAUUUUCGAUUAUUAUAUGCAUUUACAGUCAGUUUUCUCUUUUAAUUUCGCUUGGUCUUCCCUCCCCUCGCACACUCGGGUCUCAUUUGGCGCCAUCAUAUUUACUUUAACCUCAGAGGCUGGCUACCCUUCGACAAGCUGUUUGCAUAGAUUCCAUCAAUUCGGUGGCAUCCAUUCAUCGCGUUGCAGAACUUGAUAUUUUAAAUUGUUUUAUGUAUGUGUUGCAGGAUGCAGACCAAACUAGUUGAAGUUGCAGUAGAGACUAUUGCUGACCUGCCCGCCACCACUUUAUGUGUGCAAAACUGUAAAACAAACUGUAUCCAUGUCCCCUUUUCCGUUGUUUCUGUGCCAGUUGUGAUUUUCUUGUCUGCACUUAUUUUUAAUCAUCUCGCGGGGUUCUCCAUUUUACCCAAAAACGGAUUUUAAACGAAAAAAAAAAACCCUGCAUCUCCCCCACUAGAAAUUACAAUAGGUAACAAUCGUAAUUUAUUUAUUUUUUCAUCACCUUUGAAUGGCCGAUCGCGGAAUGUAAUAGCCCUACGCACCACUAACAUUAGUAAACAUAAAUCAAAUGUUAAUAUUUAAGUCCUACCAAUGCAAUUUGGACGUAUUCCUAUGCACUAAUCGAGAGGAGACAAUUAAGCUAACUAAGUUAUUUUAGUUAUCAUUAUCAUAUGAUGUGGAAUAGAGUGUUGCUGCCGAGUGCUC